CAGCAGGAGAAGCAGCACUAUGGCCGCCUGCAGCCCCAACCUGGGAGGGGAAGAUGCUAAUUAAAGUGAAGACGCUGACUAGAAAGCAGGUUGAGAUCGACAUUGAACCCACAGACAAGGUGGAGCGAAUCAAGGAACGUGUGGAGGAGAAAGAGGGCAUCCCCCCACGACAGCAGAGGCUCAUCUACAGUGGCAAACAAAUGAAUGAUGAGAAGACAGCAGCUGAUUACAAGAUCCUAGGUGGUUCAGUCCUCCACCUAGUGUUGGCUCUUAGAGGAGGAGGUGGUCUUGGGCAGUGAUGAACCUCAGCUCCAUUUUACCUCCUUGCCCUGUGGCUCAUAAUGAAGCAUCACAUAUCCUCUCACGCUCUGGGACACCAGAACUUCUGCCCCCUCCCUUGAUGCCCACUCUUGUGUGUCUACUGGUGGAAGAAUGUGAGGACACCAGGGUGCAGUGCUCCUGCCCCAAAUGACCAUUACUGGCUGUUGGGUUUUAGUUUGCAAUCCUGUGUGCUUCCCUCUCUUAUGGCUAUAACCUUGGUUGUCAAUAAAAUAUUUCCUGGCAAAAAAAAAAAAGAAAAAAAAAAGAAACCAAAA